AUGAUCAGAAUCCAGGGCCCCAGGUUCACUGCCUCAGUCUUCACGUAUUACACCUGCGGCACCAGCAAUCCUUACCUGAUAGUGACAGUGAAGGAGCAGCAAGUUCCCAUCGUAGAUCCAGCCACGCGGUUGAAUCUGUCCACAAGAGCCUUUGCCAUCAAUACAUGGGCAGAAAUUGCGUACCAAGAUCCAACCAAUCCCAAGUACACUUUUAGGAUUGCAGAGGACCUCAUAUAUGACAUCAACAAUGACACCUUUGCAGUGGCAGCACCCUUUGAUGUGAAGGGCGGAAGACAACAGGUCUCAGGAGUGUCAUCCGUGGGUCCAAACACCACUGUCACAGCCGGGCCAGGCAGCAGUGAGGAGGACAGCGAUGUGUACAACAUCAAGUUCACUUUCUUGGCCACUCCUCUGGCCAAGCAGGCGCCCCUCAAGCCCACAGAGGGCGUCACUCGCAUCACUGGAGGCCAGUUGGGGGACGACGGAGUCUAUGACCGCGCCACUGAGGCCUUCACAGAGCUAGUUGCGCGGCUGUAUUUCAACGUCCUGACUGCGGCUCUGGGCAGUGAUUGCGACCCUGGGUAUCCUGAGCUGGCCCCAGCAGCAAAGCUGAUGCAGACUCGGCUCAGAAGAUUGAUGCCUGGGAACAGCAGCUACCAUGGAAUGCCCCUAACUGAGACCCUGCUCUCAGACAAGAAUGGCAGCCUCUGCAUACAGGAGGCCAACACCUUGUACCAGGAUCUGGACCCCUCAUGCAAUGCAUGGACUUUCUGCAGCAGCCGCACUGGGUGCAGAGAUGGGAAUAGCACUAAGGAAGUUCAGAGCGUGGGCACAUGCAGCCUCUACUUUGAGCCUGGCCUGCUCUACAACUACCCCAUGGAUAAUGACAACGGUACCCUGCGGGGUCCAGAUGUCAACUACACCUCAGGUCGGACACUGCCUGUGUUGCCCAGCAACAUCAUGAGCCUGCUUGUUCCCAUCGAGGGCACGUCGGACCAUCAGAUGGACGAAAUUCAGACUUUCUCCAAAGUCAUCACCCCUUCCCCUGCCGCCCAGGCUCUGGAGUACAUAAGGGCAGCACUGUUUGCACUGCAGACGUGA